ACAAAUGUCAACGAAAAAACUCAAAGGAGUCAGCUGUUUACGUAAAUCAAGCAAUCUACUCCUUCCUAUUUAUUCAUAUAACAGCAUAAAAAUUACAAAAAUCCUUUGUGUAGGAUGGCGAUUGGCGCUUUUCCCGCCGCCAAAUUAGGUGUUUUGGCCAUAAAACAGAUCAGCAAACCCAUAGCUAAUGUUAUAAAAAGUAACGCCAAGCAGAGUCCCAUAUUUCGAAAAUAUGUUUGUAUGCCACCGGCUCAGUUAUACAAUUGGGUUGAAGUAAAAACGAAAAUGUGGGCGCUGAAUUUGGGCAAGCCUGUAGCAGUACCACCACUAAACGAGGCUAUGGCUAUUGAAUUGGGCGCCAAUUUGUUAGGUGAAGCCAUUAUUUUUGUGAUAGGUGCAGCAGUGCUUAUAUUCGAAUAUACACGUCAAUCUAACAAUGAGGCGAAAAAGCAAGAACUAAUGCGGCAGGAAAAAGCCGAACUAUCAUUAACACUGGCCGAAAUGGGAUUCCGUUUAGAACGCCAAGAUGCACAAAUUAGAGAAAUGACACGAGCGCUAGCAGAUUUAGAAUCACGUAAUAUAUUCAAAUGGACCCGUGAAACAAUUGCUGAAUACCAGCCUUUCAAUCCAAAUACUCCCGAUCAAACCAAUACCGUUGUAAAAGACUUCGAAGGGGAUUAUGAUCCGAACGGUGGCCUACUGUAUAGAGCAUUAAAUUUCUUAGAGACGCAUGUUUUUGUGGACGGACGUAAGAGCAAAGAAACGACUCUGCCUGCAGCAGUUAGCAACGAAUUAGACAUCAAACCGUACGUACAUGUGGAAAACGAAGAAGUACAAAAUAAUGUUACAACAAAGCAACAACUUAAAAUGUCACAAGCGCAGUGACUAGCCAAUCAGCGUGAAUUACUCCAGUUAAAUAAUGAGCUGGCCAAGCUGGAAUAUGCCAUUGAAACGGCUACAAAACAAAAAUAAAACAACCGUUCUACAGUGUAAUUAUAAGUUUUUUACGUAUUUGCAAUCUUACUUAAAAAGUGUGUUACAAUUUUCCAUCCUGCCUGAGGAUUUAAUUUGCAUUUGCGCUUAAAAUGUGCUUCUUUGUUAUCGGAACAAAUUUAGUUCAGUACUGCACAUACAUAUGUACAUGUAUGUUUCAUACAUUCUGGUUGUAAAUAUUUGCUAAUUUUGUAGGACCAAAAAGGUGUUUUAAUGCUUGAAAUUUGAAUAAAAAGUGUUAAAAAAUAUA